ACACGUUGCUUUACGACCCACCAUUAAACCAGAGAAGAAGAACCAGAACCCACUGUGAGUGCGCAUGCGCUUCACAUAUUUUCACUGCAGCUUUUUUCCUUUUCCACCAAAAAAAAAAAACAACAACAACAAAAACAACUCCCCCCGCUGUGUUUGUCGCUGUAUGGACAGAUACAUGAGGCCUCCAAACACGUCUUUGUUUGUCAGGAACAUCUCCGAUGAGUCCAGAAAAUGUAAAAGCAUCCAGUUGUGGAAGCGGCCACAAAGAGUAACAAAGACCCCAUAUAGAGUAGCUGUAAAGACAAGUCACACAGACCUUCAGGAUCAGAGGGAGGGAAAAAGGUUGAAAAAAGAAAGUAAAGCAUGAAGAGGAAAAGGGAACGGAGACAAAGCUUGGAUAUGGCGGCAAAGAAUUGGGAAAAGAAAAAGAGGUUUAAGAGGAAAAAGGCAAGCAGGAAAUCCAAGUCUCUGUGGGAGUCGAUUAAAGAGUGUAAAGAUCAAGAUGAAGUUCAAAGUCAAGCAUGGGCAAAGCAUAUUUGAAGAUGUGCGCGAUGCAGAAGAUGCUCUUCACAGUCUGGACAGGAAGUGGGUUUGUGGCCGGCAGAUUGAAAUCCAGUUUGCCCAGGGUGACCGGAAGACACCAAACCAGAUGAAAUCGAAGGAGAGGCGAUCUCCAGGCAGAUCGUCUCGAUACGAUGACUACGACAGAGACAGCCGGCGCAGACGUUCACGCAGCCGCAGCUACGACAGAUACAGAUCACGCAGCCCGUCUUACGAUCGCCAUCGCAGACGAUCAGAGAGUCCUCGAGACUCUCGUGGACGGGUGUAUGGGAGAGGAAGAAGCAGGAGCCGCGAGGAUGACAGAUACAGGCAGAGGCCUCGGAGAGAGUCCAGAGGGAGAUCUCGAUCGCGCUCCAAAUCUGCAUCUCCGCGAGAAAACGUCAACCCGGCGUCAACUUCCCAUUACACCGAGGAAGAAGUGCGACGGACACACUCCCCGUCCCGCUCCAGGUCCCGGUCCGCAUCAAGAUCACGCUCCCGUUCACGUUCUCGGUCCCGAUCCUGGGCCGGACGCAAGUCAGGAGGACGCUAGAAAAGUAUCUGCCCCCUUCCCUCCCCCACUCUUAUCUGUCAUUCUGUCAGAUGGACCGGAGUUGGUCAUUUGUCAAGGAAAGGUUUGUUUGUUUUGACAUGAAUGUAACGUCCACUGAAGCAUUUGUAGAAAGCUUGUUUUUUCUCGGCUCCAUUUUAAGAACAAUGCUGGUCCUUCGCUUGGUUUUAUAAAGAAUUGUUUUGGUAAGAUUUCCUGAUAGGAAUAUGAAACAGUCUGUGUUCAGUGGUAGUCGACCAGGAAUAAAUGUGUUUUUUAUAAACAUUUACUGAUAAUUUUGUUCUCUAAACCCUAUGCACCCAUUUUUGCAAAAAAAAAAGAGCUUUCAGUAUUUUAAAAGGAAAUCAGUCUGUCGAUGAAUCAAACCAGCGUUUCUGCGUGUUUUAUCACAUUUAUAAUAAAUCACAUACUUUUUACUUUACUGCUGACCUGUUUCCACAACUUCUCCCUUCUUCCAGCCACGUGUCCAUUUAUUUUUACUAUAUGAUUAUUAUUAUUUUAAUUUAUUUAAAUCUUAAAAUUUGCUUGAGAUAAUCUGUCAGUGAGCAUUAUUGAGAUAAUCAUCAGCUUAUGUUGUCAAAGUCCUAAUUAAAAAGUGCACUGCAUUACCCUGCAACAAUAACGUGACUGAGAGAAAUGACAGCAGACUUGACAUUCAAGUUUUAAGUCGCUCCAGUCGGUGGUUUUCAUACUUAGAAAAUGAAUCCGUGUCUGGAAGAGAAACAUUUACAACCUGUAACAGAUGAGGUCUGUGCUGGAAACGGGUCAGCAGUGGUGUAAAGUAUUUGAGUUUUAGCUAAAAUGCACAGAAACUCUGCCGUGGUCCUUAAAAGUGUUAGAAUAUUGUCGACCAGUGACCUUAACCACAAACUGUUUAAAAAUGUACAUUAAUCUGUUUUUAUUUUGUGAUGUUUUCUGUAAGAUUAUAAACCUUUUAAAGAGGUAUUUUAUUUUUGGAACAUUUAUCCGAAAUUUCAGUUCUGAGAGGAGGAACGAAAAAAAAAAAGUUUCUCACCAGUGUUUCCGAGACUGUUUGUUGAUGGUUUUUCAGGAUGAAUCUCGUCACUGCAUGUUUUAUUCUCCUAAUCUUCUAUCUUUAGUAGGAAGAAACUGUUAUUUUGAGUAAUAAAUGGUUAACAUUCA